AUGGCCGACCAAGCACCUCCAAUCUACGUACAGGCAACGCGCCUAGUACUAGACAUCGCCAACGGCCGACAUGCGCUCUCCAAGGCCAUUCCCCCUCUCCUCCUCGUGCUGGAUGCCGUCCUUUGCGGGCUCAUCAUCUGGAAGGUCCCUUACACAGAGAUCGACUGGGUCGCAUACAUGGAGCAAGUCUCCCAAUUCGUCUCGGGCGAGCGCGACUACACCAAAAUCAAGGGCGGCACCGGCCCCCUCGUCUACCCGGCCGCCCACGUCUAUACCUAUACCGGCCUAUACUACCUCACCGAUGAGGGCAAGAACAUCUUUCUGGCGCAGCAGCUCUUCGCGGUUCUGUAUCUUGUGACUCUUGCCGUUGUAAUGGCGUGCUACUGGCAAGCAAAGGUCCCUCCCUACAUUUUCCCCCUCCUGAUUCUCUCCAAGCGCCUUCACAGCGUCUUCGUUCUCCGAUGCUUCAACGACUGCUUCGCGACCCUAUUCCUCUGGCUCGCCAUUUUCUUCUUCCAGAAACGACUGUGGACACCAGGCGCCGUCCUGUACAGCUGGGGUCUGGGUGUCAAGAUGUCGCUGCUGCUGGCCCUGCCCGCCGUAGGCGUCGUGCUCUUUCUGGGACGCGGCUUCAGCGGUGCCUUGCGCGCGGCGUGGCUCAUGGUACAGUUACAAAUCGUCAUCGGCGUGCCCUUCUUGUCGAGCAACGCCAAGGGAUACCUCGGUCGCGCGUUCGAGCUGUCGCGGCAGUUCUUCUUCAAGUGGACGGUCAAUUGGCGUUUCGUGGGCGAGGAGACGUUCCUCAGCAAGCCGUUUUCUAUUGCGCUACUGGGACUGCAUCUAUUUACCCUGCUAGUGUUUAUCAUCACCCGGUGGCUCAAUCCCGCCCAGCGGCCCUUGUCGUCGCUGGUCCCAGCGAUGCUGCAGGGCAAGUCCCCGUUCUCGUCGCCGCUCGAGGAAGCCCAGGUGGCCAGCAGAGUGACGCCGCGCUACGUUCUCACAACGGUCCUCUCAGCCAACGUCAUGGGUCUCCUCUUUGCCAGGUCACUGCAUUACCAGUUCUACGCAUACCUAGCCUGGUCGACACCAUACCUCCUCUGGCGCAGCGGCCUCCCCAUCUACGUUGUCUAUAUUCUCUGGGCGGCGCAGGAGUGGGCCUGGAACGUGUACCCCAGUACGGACAUGAGCUCGAAGUUGGUGGUGGGUGUGAUGGCGGUCACGGUAGCGGCGACAUGGUUUGGUACGGCGAACGAGGGGGCGCCAUCCGAGAAGCCCGAUUCGAAGAAGAGGUGA